AUGUCAAGUUCAGUGUUCAAAGUUUACGCCUCUUCCAGUCGGGAUGGUUUCGAAGGUGAUGCCGGCGCCACUGAUGUGAUCGGCACGAAGGAAAGCGAUCCAACGGGUUCUUGUGCAGUACCGGAAGAGCUUAAAAUCGAUUCCAAUCUGGUUAUCUUGGUCAACAAAGAUGGAUCCGUCUCAGUCGAUCAAUCUACACUCCAAAGCCUACUAGCUAAUGAAACUAACAACACAUCUGUGAGUGUGGUUCGAAUUUCAUCCCCUACGCCAAGCAUUGAGAAGGAAAUCGAGGAAGAACAGCGGCUUCUUAAGGAAGAAAAACAGCAAGCAGUUGCAGAUGCGGAUGUCGUCAGUUCCAACGAAGAUUCUAAUGACGACAGUAACUCUGUUGCUGGUACCAGCUCCGCCACUUCUAGCGUAGUCGGAAUAGUUACAAGACGUGGUCGCCCUCCAAACAAGAAACCCACCCCCGCGAUGCAACUAGCAGAGGAAGAAGAAGAAGAAGUUCCGGAGCAUGUAAGCUUGACGGUUGAAGCUUUCUACCCUCCAGAGCAAGCUUCGAACUUUGCUGCUCAAGUCCUCAGUCUUACUGGGUACGAACAUCCCUUACGCAAGGAGGCGGUAGAUAUAGAUUUCUUGAAGCAAAUUGUUUCUAACGAUCAUUGCUACACGCCACUUUUGUCACCGACGCAAAAGCUGCCCCCAAGGACCUUGUUUGAUGACGCUGAUUCCUCGGAGGAAACUGCCUCUGCCAUUGCGAACAAACAGAAAUCUGAUUUGGCUGCCACAGGCUCCAGUGGAAAGGUUAUUGAUGCAAGAAAAGCGUUUACUGCGAGGCUGAACAAAGCCUGUCUGGUAACGCCACCGAGUCCUAGCACGUCGGGUAAUGCAAAAUUCCGGAAAUCCUUUGCGACACCAGUGUCAGCGCAGGAACAGAAAAAACUUACCAAGCCUAUCAAACCAUCCGGUAGAUUGCCACAAGAGGAUGAUAAUGAUGAUGAAGAUGUAUUCGAUUCAGAAUUUUCGGAAGAAGAGUCCUCAUAUUCUGAAGAUGAUGAUGAAAUGGAUGUCGAUUUUAGCGUUACCGGCCGAUCAACGUACAAAAAACGGAAACGAAAAUACAAAAAUAAAAUGACACCAAAGACAGCGCAACGAGCACAUUACAAACGAGUAGACCGAGAACUUGCCGAUGGCGCCAACAAAGAAGGAGAGAAACAUAGAUCAGGAAAGCUUGGUGGAAGGGCGCUGACAUCUGCCGGAAAAAUAUCGCCCCAAAAAUCGGUUAUUCAUAAAACAGACACUUCUCCAAAAGUACUUCCUGUAAAGCGAGAUGUACAAAAACCCCACAGCAAUCCACCUGCGUCAGUAUCAACGGCAUCGUCAUUGCAUAACAGCAAAUUACAGCUGCAUGGAGCAUAUGCGGCAAAAACCUCAUCAAAACCCGAAGCUAAAUCCGAACCUAAAACAUCGAUCACUUCCGUGCCUACAAUGACGGUAAAUUUGGUUAGCUCUACUGUAAUUACAAAGAAGGAAAAGAAACCCAAGUCGAGUCCUCACGACGCCGCAUUGUUCAGCGAUAUAUCGGCUUUAUUCUCAACUCCAGAUAUAAUUAAAAAGGUGAGCACAAGCAAAGCCUCCCCGACCAUGCCAACUACUCUUGCGAGUAGUACCCCUGCUUCAUCGGUGAUUCCCCACUUUACGAGUGUCACCGUAGUGAAAGCUCCGGUAUUUUCCGCUCCAAAACCAGCAAAUCAAAAAGAAAUCAUUACCAUAACGCAACCUCCAUCGACGGUCGCCCAACCAAAUGUCUGCACCGAGCAACAUGUUGAUCCAAUCAACGUGAUCGUGCAGGAUGAUUCGAUCAAGCCUGCAGCUGUCCCGUCAACCGUAGGGUCCACUGGACCGGUUGUAAAUAUAUCUUCGCCGGCAAUAUCUAUGCAACAACAUCAGCAACCGAUGGAAGUACCUAAUUUAGGUGACAUGUUGGAACCAGCGUCUAGUGCUGUUGAUAAUAGCGGAGAAAUCAUUCCCGUGAUAUCCGACAUCAAACCGAAUCCUCAGGUAGUCCCAGUUGUGGAUCUCCUGCCAGAUACCAGUAUACUGGAGGCACUGACCAGUAGCGAUGAUGCUCUUCCAGAAGAUUUGCUCGAGCAUGUAGCUGAAUUGGCUAAGAACAAAGAAUUGCAAGAAAUACUUGAUAAACAAGUGCUUGGAGUUAUCAAUACGGACAGCCUUCUGGCGGUACCGGCGAUGCCGAUAAAUGACACCGUCGCAAGUAUGACGCUACAAAAUCCAAUGGCCCAGGCGACUACAAGUUCCGCGUCUACUUCUACUUACCCGUUAGCAACGGUUAAAAUUGCUUCUAAUGAUUUAGCGAUCCCAACGAAUUCGAAUGAAAACGUUUCAUCAGAGCUAAUGAUUAAUGAUCAAUCAUUAACUCGGAAGGAAGCAAUACUAGUUCGGCGCAGUGAUGGUCGUGUGAUAACAUUACCACCGAUAGAAGCUCCCGCUACGCGAGCUUCUAAACGGCGAGCUCAAGUAGAAACUCCAAUGAGCGGGCGCAAUUCCAUCGAGCAGCCACCAGUUGCGAUACUUGCUUCUGAGCAGUUGCCGCUUACAGUAGGACCAUUUACACCUGAAACCUCCAAAAUUGCAAGACGACAGUCUGUCAAGCCUGGAAUGACUACGACAUCCUCUAGGCCAACUACACCAGGAAUGCCGGAGAGUAGUACGGCAGAUGGAACAGUUGAGCAAAGUAUGGACGAAGCAGCUAAGAGCAAGCGAACUAGUAAAGCUCGCCAAUCGAUUGACAGCACACGCGCUAAGCGAGUUAGCUCGUCCAACGUGGCACUCGCUGUGGAAGCUGCGCAGGAUGACGAUUUUGAGUCCGAUGAAAGCUGGAACUCAGAGGACGAUCCAGAUCGCCUUUGGUGUAUAUGCAGUCAGCCACACAACAACCGAUUUAUGAUCUGUUGCGAUUCGUGCGAGGACUGGUUCCAUGGCAAGUGUGUCAACAUUACGAAAGUGAUGGGCCAACAGAUGGAACAGGAUGGUAUCGAGUGGACAUGUCCGAAUUGUCUCAAGAAGAAACAAGACCGCCAGCAACCCAAACUUAUGACAUUUUGGCAAAAGACGGGUGAUUCUACCGGAAGUAUCGAUUCCGCUGCUGAACCUGCCAAAGUUACCGUGCAGGGUAGUAGCACAACUUUAGCAUCAUCAUCGGAAGGCAAUGGUGCGAAUUGCGUAGUGUGUAAUAAGCCUGCUAAACCUAGCUCGAUUUACUGCAGCGAUGACUGCAUCCGCAAGCACGCUUCGAGUACUGUCGCCGGGUCACAGCCGGUGGCAAAAACUGACAAAUCAAAGGAACGUCCUCCUUCGUCUACUCCUGUAGCCGCACCAGUUAGUGGAUCUAACUUGUUGGAUAAUAGUCACAUUGUUAUUGUGAUGGAAAGAAAAUCUGGACGUUGUUUAACGGGAAAGAAUGCGCCUUCUUUAGAAAACUUAAAAAGCUGGCUUCAACUACAUCCUACAUUCGAACUUGUUCCGCCUGGUUCCGCUCAGGCUUCGAUCAUUCUCGCCAAACAGGCCGAAGUUCGGAAACAGCAGCUUGCCAAAGAAGCUGCGGAGAAAAGGGGAUCUUCCAGUGCUGCAAGUGGAGCUUCAUCUAGUGGACUUGGCGGACAAUCGCCCAAAAUUCAAACUCAGCUUAAAUUCACAGAACAGAGGAAGAUGAUUUUGGCCACACCAACUUCAGUUUCUAUGCAAUCUGCAAGAAAACUUGUUAGUAGCUCGUUGAAUAUACAGAAAGUGCACCCUCCAACAACGAAGCAAGCACCACAAAAAUUAGCUGGUAACACGCCAACGUUCGUUUCAUCUAUGAAAGGAACUCCCACACUUCUGCCUCGAACAGGCGUUAGUGUUGGUAACCAACAAAAAGCAAAUGCCGCUACGAGUCAGGUAAACCCAUCGACUUCAGUCACUUCGUCGGUUAACAGCAAGCAAAAGAAAACACCGAUAUUAACAUCUCCAUCUACUCCAUCGGAUCAUGGAAAGCAGUCGCGAGGUUCCAAAUCAUCGUCCGGAGAAGAAAAUAUUCGCGUAACGGUGAAAAGGACAUUAAAGGAACAUCUCUUACAACGCACGACUGAAAUAUCAGAAGAAAAUACAAUGAAUCGGCUUACGGAGGAGGAAAUCGAUCGCUUCGUACGAGAUACAGAGCUUGAAAUGUUUAUUCUGUUUAACAAAGACACCGGCAUGAAGUACAGAGCGAAAUAUAGAUCUUUAGUGUUCAACAUCAAAGAUCGCAAGAAUUUAUCGCUAUUCCAGAAGAUAUCGGAAAAAAUCAUCGAGCCAAAGCAAUUGGUUCGCAUGACUGCUGACGAAUUGGCAAGUCAGGAAUUGGCACAAUGGCGUGAGAAUGAAGCAAAGCAUCAGUUGGAAAUGAUAAAGAAAUCGGAACUUGAUUUGCUCUCUUGCGCGAAAAAUUAUGUACUAAAAACUCACAAAGGUGAAGAAGUUAUCGAAGGAAAAAUAGACGAUCGUGUUCAAUUAGAUCCAUCGGCUCCUGUAGAAGAUGUGGUUCUUUUGCUUAAUAAUUCAGCCGUUAGCAGUACCAGCGAGUUGGACGACUCAUCUGCGCCAGUUAUGGAUAGCUCAUACAAGUCUAAGGAUUAUGAUUAUGGCAAACCGUAUUGCGGCAUUUAUGGUAGCUUUUCAAUUUCCAGCAGCAGUAGCGCCACAGCGCUAAGCAGUGGCAAGAUAGAUGGUAAUGUUCCUACUGGUUCUGGCACAUCGUCCCGUAAGAAAGAAUCUCGCCGUAGCAGCCGAAGUCGUAGUCGUAGUCGCGGACGAAAACAUGAACGCGAUCGUUCACGUGAUCGUAGCCGAUCCAAACACAAGAGAAAACGUAGUCGUGAACGCAGUCACGAUCGACAUUCCCCUCGAGACCGUGAUCGAGAUAGGGACCGAGAGCGUGAACGAGACCGUGAUCGUGAACGUGAUCGCGAUCGUCAUCAUAAAGGUCGAGAACGUAGUCGAGAUCGUUCGAAACACGAACGAAAAAGCUCGCGAGAUAAGGAGACAACCAGCAAAAGUACGUCAGAAAAACGACGAAGCUCGACCACAAACCGAAGUACGGAAGGAACUGACCCUCAGACUAUUAAAUCUGCACCUGAACCGGAACGUAAAGAUAGCAAGACGAACGAAGCACAAAAUAAAGCAGCUGGAACAUCUAAAAAACGUGUGGAAGAACCGUCGAAGGGAAGUGUAAAGUUAACAGUAGAUACAGUCAGCGAUAAGGCAAAUGAUUCCGCUGUCGCUGUAAUACCGGAUAAUGACACGAAGCGUUCCAGUGAAUGUGUUGUAACGACGAAAGAAACCGUGUUGCUGUAUAGCAAAGUUGAAACCGCUAAAAAGCCAGUGGAUGUAGCUGAAAACGUGGGAAAAGAACUGAAACUGGAUCUGGAUCAGGAACCGACUAGUACGGUGACAAUACCAACACCACCACACUGUCCCUACGAAGGCGAAUCUGCAACAGACGCGAAUAGCAGAGUAGUCGAUGAUCAGAAGCAGGAAGCUGAGAAAAAUCACUGGACGGGUAGUAUACAUAUGAUCGAUGUGGCCAGCAUCGAAAUGUCAAUCCGCGCGGUUAGCGGCGAUAUUCAAGAUGUGACAAAAGAUUUUACUGACGAUUUGAAUAUUUGCGGAACUAUUAAGCCUGAAAUUGUGUGGGAUUACAUUGGGCAGAUAAAGAAAAGUCCCAAUAAAGAAGUAUGUCUGGUGCGAUUCCACUCGACGGAAUCCAGCGCAUAUUAUACCUUGUACAAUCACCUGUUCAGUCGUAAACGGUACAGCGUGGUUAAAUCACCUUCGGCUUCGAUAAAAGAUUUUUACAUAUUUCCCCUGCCGGCGGAGCAGAUGGUACCGAUGAUUUUGAAGCCGCUUAGAGGUGUUGGUAUAAUAGAAGGCGAUCGUAAGCCAAACCUUCUCCUAGGUGUAUUGGUAAAAAUUAAGGGAGGAAAACGGUCGGUACCUACGAGUGCAUUAACCAGCUCCACCUCAACUAAAACCAUUCGUCAUCAGCCGAAAAAUGUACCCAGUUCCGUGAGCGAAAAAUUAAGCACUGGCACUUCAUCACCUAAAGUUGCUUCUUUAACGCAGCAAAUUAUCUCUAAAUAUGUAUCCAAACAACCCCUCUCUGCAACAAAAGAUAUUGCAAAUAAAACAUCAUCUAACGAUAGCAGUAAGCCACUAAAAUCGAAUUUGGCGGAUAGUGACAUGAAGGACGCGACUGUGGGUCACACUGAACUCAAAACAGAGGAUCCGAAUUCCGGCACCCCUCCUAACGAUCAGAUGGAUAUGGAAAUCGAUAUGAACAUCAUAAAGGCCCCUAUUGCAGGAAAGGUGGUUAUGCCUGUCGAGGGCAAUAGUAACAGUAGUAGCACCAGCACAACUGGCCGCGGGAUUGAGUCGAAUGCAAUGCUGAUAGACGAUGACGACGACGAGCCGUACUCCCCCGGUGGAGGCAGCGAUGAUAGCAACUUUGCCGAUGUUACCGCAAUCGUGGAUACAUCGAAAGUGUCGCGAGGGAAGUCUCGCGAGGAGCUUGCGAUUGAUCCAGAGGAGGAACGAAUUCGCCUUGCAAUGGACGAGCUUAACAGAAAGAUCGCUGAGCAGAAGAAUGAAAUCGUCGGGCUGAUCAGCAUGGCUGACUUAAAAGAGGAGGAAAUAAACAAUGCCCUGCCAUCGUCGCUGAUCAACGAAAUACCGAUUCCACCAAAUUUAUCGCAAAUCUUGGCCAGUAUUAAAGGAGGUACUAGCUCUGCAGGCGCUAGCGGUAUACCGGCAGCAGCUGUCAGUGGCAGUGAUGGUUCCGUUCGAGGGACAUUGAGUACUAGUGGCAAGAUAGACCGUGUAAAAGAUGCAUUACCACCCGUUGUAAGUAAUGCGUCCAAAAAAGAUGAAGACGAGGAGGAAUACAACCCAACUACACCGUCACUGUAUGGUGCUUAUAAAUCCGCGGCUUCUACUCCGUAUACCGCUAUUCCCGUAGCAAAUAGUCAGGGUGAUAUAGAUGAGCGUAUCCUACCUGCCACGUUGCUUCCUAGUAUUCCAACUGUUCCGACAGGUUCGGCUGUUGCCACCUUUGACUCAAUGACAUCGCUUGUUGCUCCUACGGUAGUUCUCGCUACUGCUACAGACGCCUCGCUAAUGCAAUCGUCCUCCAUUUUUCCAACGGGCAGUAUCGCACGCUCCUUGGUAGCAACAGGAGGGUCUGCGGGGGAAAGUCGGCUGGCAAAACUGUCCGAGGAAGAGUUGUUGAGUAUGGUACCCGAUGAUGCAAUACUGCCCGAUUCUUCUUCGAAAGAUACGUAAGAAUUUCGGACCCUUUUGUUAAACGUGCUGUUCAUCAGCACGGCAUAAAAGUAAUUCCAGAGCUAUAUCUACAAAACACACAGUGUGGCAUAUCUAUGGACGGGAAAAUUUUUCGGACGUUCAUUAUUUGCUCCCACCUUUUUUAAAGAAUAAUGUAAAUUGUGGAUCAAAUUAUAUAAAAUAGAUAAGCCGUACAUCGGUACCCGUUUGGUCAUUUAUACUCAAGCUUUAAGUCUCCACAACAACCUGUUUGUUGAGGUAUCCUACAAAAGUGGUCAGAAAUAUAAUAAAAACUCUUUGCUCGUCCGGCUUCACCGUUCCAUUCCUGCAUUGUUUUCAUGAACAUUGAUAUUGCUUUAAUGAUGAUUCAUACUUAAACUUUGAGAUUUGAAUUAAGUGGUUAAAUUUAACGGUUUGCGUGUUUGCGAUUGACAAAAUAAAAUGUAAUAGCAACAUCUAACAAUUGAAUUCUGCAAUUGUUUAACAUUUGAGUUGGCAUAAUAAAUGCAACUAUAGUAGGCAAUAAUAAAUAUACAAUAUGACCGUAAAAUACACAGGUAUAUAUUACCGAUCUGUUGUACAGCAUCUACAUAUAUACCUCUGAAAUUAUGCAAAUGUAAGAAAAAUACGAUGCAAUAGUUAAUGUAAAAAUAUUUUACAUGUACGAACUAAUGUAUGAUAGCAGCGAAAAGCUGAUACUCUCUGUAACACAUGUAUGCUAGACGUUAGAAUAGAUAUUGUACAACCUAACUUGGAAAUUUCACUAAACAUUUUGAAAAUGUGAUGUACCGAAAAACGCAUUUAUAGUUUUGUAUUGCAUUUUAAGUAUCCAAAAAAUGAGAUGAUAUCAUAUAAGUAGCAAAACUACUCACCCUGACGGUAUCGCUGAUAGUUUUACUGUUCAUUGCCAUCCUUUGCGUGAUUAUGGAAAUGAAAUAUUCUAGCGCCUAGAGCCUUCGGUGUUUCUUUGGUAACAGAUCAGAUACUUGACAA